AUGAAUAUAAAUAAAUAUGAGGAAUUUUAUCCAAGUAUAUUAAUGCACGAAAGACAAUGUGGUUUAAGUAGUGCCUAUAUAGUGUAUGAAAAAGAGCAGUUAGAGAUAUUAGAGCAGGAGGUGCUUAAGGCUAUAAUUAUUAAAGCUCUAAUAAUUGAAGAAGUAAUAAAAUAUGUAAAAUGUAUAUUAUAUAAGAUUGAACAUAUAAAAUAUUAUAAUAAUAAUAAUAAUAAUAAUGAUAACAUUAUUAUAAGGUCAUAUGAUAAUACAGAUAUACGAAAGAAUCAGAUAAAAGAUGUAUAUUGUCCUAAAUUAUUAAAUAAGAAUAAUAAUAUAAUAUAUGAUAAUAAUUUAAUAAAAGAUGUAGAUCAUAAUAAUUUUAAAAAUAAAUUAUACAUUAUACAAUUUAAUGGUAAUGAAAAUGUACGAAGGAAUUUUUUUAAAAUUGAGAAUAAAAAUACCAUUAGUAAUGAUAAUAUAAGAAUACAAGGAAAUGAUGUAAUUGAAAAUAAAAAUGAGAAAAUAAAUAAAUCUUUAUGUAAUAUAAUAUCUAAUGAAAAUAAAGAAAUAGUAUUAAAUAAGAAAAACUUGGAUACCUUAAUGUUAUUAGAAAAAAUAAAAAUAAAAACAAAAACUAUUUUUUUUAUUAAUAAGUCUUCUUAUGUUGUUAUAUAUAAAAGCAUUAAUGGUUAUAAUAAUGUUUUGCAAAAAGAACUUAUUGAUAUAUCAUUAAAAUGUUGUAAUAACAAAUUUCAAUUAUAUUCGAAAUAUAUUAACAGCUAUAGUAUAAUAGAUUAUGUUACUGAUCAUAUAAAUAAAAUGAAAGAAUAUCAAAUGAAAAAUAAAUUUUUAGAUGACAUAAUUGUGAAAAUAAAGGAUGAACUAUAUAUUAGUAUCGAUUUAAUAUAUAAAAAUAAUAAUAAUAAAAGUUUCUUAAGUGUUAUGGAAAAUAUCAAUUAUACAAUUGUAAAUACUUAUAAUAUUAAUCAGGACAAAUUAGAGAGUUUUAAAUAUUUACAUUUUAAUUUCUUUUAUAUAUGUUCUAUAUUAGAAAAUAAACCAAUAUCUAACAUAAACAAAUAUAAUAAAGUGAACAAUAACAUAUAUAAUAUAUUCUUAUAUUUUUUUGUGAUGAUUUUCUUUCAUUUAUAUAUCCAUAAUAGUGAUGAUAAAAGAAAGGAAGAUAUAUGUAACAAUUUUUAUAAUAUUCUUAAGUAUAAUUCAUAUAAUUGUGAAAAAUUUUAUGUAUUCAUAUUAUUGUGUAUUAAAUGUAUUGUUUCUAUACGUAAUGAUAAAUUGAUAAAUUUUGUACCACACAAUGGAAGAAGAAAGUUUUCUAAUGAUGAUAAUAAAGAAUUAUAUAAUGAUAAUAGUACUGAGAAAAAAAUGACAAUAAGGACAGGUUAUCAUUUUAAAUUUAAUAUUAAUAAAAAAUCAAUACACAAUAGAAAUUAUUAUUUUAUAAAUUAUACACAUGAUGUAAUUUUUAAUACUUUGUAUUAUUAUAUUGUAAAAGGAUGUAAUAAGUAUUAUAAAAUAAAAAAAUCUAAAGGAUUUAAACGGAACACCUAUGAUAAUAAUAAUAAUAAUAAUAAUAAUAAUAAUCAGUGGACUAAUUAUUUUAAUUAUAUACAAUUGUAUAAUAAAUGUAAAAAAAUUAAUAACAAAUAUAGAAAGAUGAAAAUUCUAGGUGAGAUUGUAUUAACUAAAAAUUUGAAGUAUGAAAAUAAUAAGAAGAAUAAAAUGGGAAAUGACAAAUUAAGUGGAACAUAUUUUUUAUAUAACAAUAAUAAGAAAAGGAACUAUUUUAUCGUAUAUUAUAAAAGAUAUAUAAAGAGAGGUUAUGCUAAUUCAGGUAAUAAUAAGCAAAAGAUGUUUUGUUUUAAAAAUGAUAAUAUUGUGUUAUUAAAUAAAAUAAUUUUAUAUUUGAUAGAUAAAAAUAGAAAGGAUGUAAUUAAAAAAGAUAAAUUGAAUAUUAAAGAGUGGCAUAGGAAUACAAAACUAUAUUGUAAUAGUAAUAAUGCAGAAGGUGGUGAUGGUGGUUAUAAUAAUCAUUCAAAUAGUAAUUAUAGAAAUAAUGGUAAUAACAAUAUUGGGAACUAUAAUAAUAGUGGUAGUAAUUUCUUUGGAAAUAAUAUGGGAGGUAAUAAUAAUGACAAUGAUGAUAAUGACAAUAAUGAUGAAAAUAAUUAUAAACCAAAAAAUACAUGUAAUGAUGAUGAUAAUGAUAAUGAAGGAGGAAAUAAAAAUAAUAGUGGAAAAUAUAAUAAUUCUAUAAAUAAAAAUGAUAAUAAUAAUAAUAAUAAUAAUAAUAAUAAUAGUACGGAUGGUGUAUAUGGGAAUAAUGUAGAUAAUGUAAACAAUGUAAUGAUGAAUCAUUAUGGUGAUAAAAUUCCAAUUAGUAAUGAAAAUGGAUAUGAUAAUAAUAGUAAUGUUAUCCAUAAAAAAAUGGUAGACAAUAAAUUAGAAGGAAUAAAUAAAAGUGCAUCCAACAAUAAUAUGAUUAAUAAUAAAGUUAUGAAUUCUGCAGGUAUUAUGUCAUCAAAUGGAGAUAUGAAUUAUAAUUUAAAUUAUAUGAAUUAUAUGAAUAAUACAAAUAAUAUUAAUAUGCCAGGAUCAGGUGAAGGUUCAGGGGUAAAUAGAAUGACUACUGUUCCAAUCAAUCAUGUAAUGAAUUUUCCAAAUUCAUAUAUGAGUGGUGCAAAUAUGCCUAGUCAAGUUCCACAAAAUAUGCAUUUUGAUGCAAUAGAAAAUAUGCAUGAUAUGAAACAAACACCACAACAAAUGAAGCAUAAAACUAGUCAAUUAAAUUCUUCAACUAAUCAAGGUGAUAUAAAUAAUAAUGCCAAACAAGUAGGAGGAUUACCUGCUAAUUUCAUGCAGAAUCAAAUGCAUCCACAAUACCCGUAUCAACAGCAAGUACAUAUGCAACAAUUAGUACAACAACAAAAUGUGCAUGGAUAUAAUAAUAUGAUGCAAUCUAAUAAUCAACAAAAAUUCCCAAAUCAACCAGGGGCACAUAAACAAUCUAAUGCAUCUAUAUUAAAAAUGCCACCCUUUUCAUCAUUGAAUUCGGGAGAUCAAAGAAACAGUUAUUCAAUUGCACAAAAGUUACCAAGGCAUGUAAUGGAUACCAAUAAUAAUGUUCCUAGUAUAAAUAAUAACAACAGUAGUAGUAAUAAUAAUAAUAAUCCAAGGCAUUCAAGUUCAAAUAUGCCAUCGUUAAAUAACCCUAACCAAUUUAAUUCCGUUUCACUGAAAUUCCCUUAUAAAGGCAGUUCACCUCAACCAUUGAAUUCAAUAAAUAAUAAUAAUAAUCCAAAUCAACAAAAUCAUAUGCCAAAUAUAUCUGCUCAACAAAAUAUGCAAAAUGUAAAUAAUAAUAAUAAUAAUAAUAAUCCAUCAGUAGUUCAGCAAAUGAAUGUUAAUCAUCCCAUUAUGCAACACAAUAUGAUACAACAGAAUCAAAAUAAUAUGCAUAAUUUAGCUCCGAACAAACCAAAUGAAUCACAGUCAAUGUUUCCAUUAGGUGCAUCUUCCAACCAACAAGGAAAUAUACAAAACUUAGCAUCACCAAAUAAACAAAAAAUGCAACCAUUAUUUCAACAAGGUGGACAACAAAUCAUUGCACCAAAUCAGAAAUGUAUAAAUACCGCAAGUAUUUCCGGUUCUAUUAGUAGACAGCCGAAUCAAGGAACAGGCCAAAUUCCUAUAAAUCAUCAAAAUAUUCAACAAUUUUAUCAUAAUAAUUCUGGACAAAUGUUUCCACAGCAGCCCCCUUUUUUACAAAGGGUUUCUACGACCCCACAACAUGUUCCACAACAACAAGUACCUUAUGAAUGGAUGAAUAAUCCUUAUAUGCAUCAUCAGUACAUGCUUCAACAAUGUCAGUUAACACCUCAACAAUUAUUUAUGCAUCAGCAAAAACAACAAAAUAAUAUGUUGCAUCAUCAACAACAGCAACAGCAACAAUUACAACACCAACAAAUGCAACAACAACAGUUACAUCAACAACAGAUACAACAACAACAAUUACAUCAACAACAAAUACAACAGCAACAAUUACAUCAGCAACAAAUACAACAACAACAACAAAUUCAACAACAACAAAUUCAACAACAACACUUACAACAACAACAGAUACAACAACACCAAUUACAACAACAACAGCAACAGCAACAAGGAAAUAUGCCUUCAUUGUCAGCGCGUCAAUCGAAACAAGGAAUAUUACAAAUGCAAUCACAAAAUAAUAUUUCUCAUUUACCUCCAAACUUGGAACAACACUUUCAACAACAAAAUAUAUCUGAAUUACAACAUCAUCAACAACAAAUGCAGAAUAUAUCUGCGCAACAUUCAAGUAUUUCCACCUUUAAACCUAAUGCUCAACAAACUAUGUACCCAGGAGAAAUGUUUAAGGAUAGUAAUAUAUUACAGGGAGAACAUAAUUUGGAAAUCGUUGAUGGUGUAAAUGAAAUGCAACGAACGAAUGAUGCUUUUAAAGGAGGAAAUAUAAUAGAAGCUAGUAAUGUAUCAUUGGAAGCUAUAACAGAAGAAGAUAUUUUUGAUAGUAAUUACCAUUGUGAUAUAUGUAAUAAAGAUAUAACUCAUACGAUUCGUAUUCGAUGUGCAGAAUGUGUUGAUUUUGAUUUAUGUGUAAACUGCUUUAGUACAGGGAAAGAAAUGAAAUCAGAUAAAUGCGAACACUACAAUUAUCAUAAUUAUAUACCUAUACCUAAAUAUGAUUUUCCAUUAUAUAAAUUAAAUUGGAGUGCUGAAGAAGAGUUGUUGUUAUUAGAUGGAAUAAGUAAAUUUGGUUUUGGUAAUUGGGAACAAGUUGCUGAUUUAGUUAAUUCGGUUGCAAAUAUUACUAAAACGGAUAGGGAAUGUGAAAGUCAUUAUUACAACUUUUAUUUAAAAUCGAAUUGUGCACCGUUACCUGAUAAUAAAAGAUUAUUAAUAAAACCCGAUGGAAAUCCAUAUGAAAUAGAGCAUGUCGUAGAAAAGGAUAUUAAUGACAAUGAUGAUUAUGUAUUGCCCAAAUCGAAAAAGAAUAAUAGGACACAAAUUAUUGGAUACUGGCCGUUAAGAGGUGAUUUUGAUAUUGAAUAUGAUAAUGAUGCCGAAUUGUUAUUAGCAGAUAUGGAGUUUAAAGAAUCCGAUUUACCACAACAGAAAGAAUUGAAAUUGCAAGUUUUAGAAAUAUAUAAUUCAAAAUUAGAUGAAAGAAUUUAUAGGAAGAGAACAGUUAUAGAAAGAGGUUUAUUAGAUUCUAAAGCACAAAUGCAAAAAGAAAAGAAAAGAACGAAAGAAGAAAAAGAAUUAUAUGCUGCACUUAAACCAUUAUCACGAUUCCAUUCACCCCAACACCAUGAAUAUUUUAUACAACUAUUACUAGAAGAACAAAAGCUACGUCAAAGAUUAACAAAAUUGCAGGAGUGGAAAGCAUUAGGACUUCAAAAUAUAGAACAAGUACAAGAAUAUGAAAUUGAAAAAAAUAGAAGAGCUAAAGAGAUGGUAAAACAAGAAAGUAAUAGUACUACGGGUAUUAUUUCUAUUAAUAAUAUAAGCAGUAAUAAUAAUACUGUUACAACUGAAAAAUUAGGAAAAUCACUAAAAACAUCCAAAAAAGACUAUAAAAUAAAAAAUAAAGAAGAAGAAACUGAUGAGAAUAAGAAAUUGAAUAUAGAUACGUUUGUAGCUCUUGAUUUGUUAAAUGAAAAGGAAGUGGAAUUUUGUAAAAAUAUGAAACUUCCUAUAUUAUUCUUCUUAUUAAUCAAAAGAUUAUUAAUAAUGGAAGUAAGCAAUAGUAAUUUGAAUAUGCUGAAAGAUAUUAAUGAAUUGAAAUUAAAAGGAUAUAAAGUAGGUCAGCUAUAUGAUUUCUUUUUAAGUUUUGAUAUAAAUCAGAAAGACGAAUUUUUGAACAAUGGAACCGUAAACACUUCUUACGUAAAAAAAAAUGAUGGAAAAAGGAAAAAAUCGAAAAAUAAUUUUGAUAUCUCAAAUUCGAAGGAAAUUGAUGGUAAAGAAAAGUUAGUCGUCGAUGAUAAGGAUGAAAAGAAUGAUAAAAACAGUAGCAAUAAUAAUAAUAAUAAUAAUAAUAACAAUAACAGUAACAAUAACAAUAAUAAUAAUAAUAAUAAUAACAAUAACAGUAACAAUAACAAUAAUAAUAAUAAUAAUAAUGCCAAUGUUGAUAAUUAUAAUGUCUAUGUAGAUAAUAAUAAUAGUGGUAAUUACUCCUUGAUGACUCUUCAGGGGGAAGUACUUAAUGAAAAUGAAAAAAAAGGAAAAUCAAAAAAUGAAGAUAAGAAUAAAACUUCUAAUUUGGCUACCAAAAAUAGUAAUAAAGGAUAUAAUAAAUUAAAAAGUCCACCAAAAGACGAUAUGAAUGAUAUUAAGAAAGAUGCAAAGGAUAUUAUAAUCAAAAAUACAAAUGACAUAAUAUUGACAGAGUGUGUAAAUGAUAAGAAUAUGCAAUCUAUUUUUGUGGAUAAUAACUUAGAAUCCGAAAAUAAUGAUCAGUUGAAGGAAAAGGAAGUAAAAGGUGAUGAAUUAAAUUUAACCGAAAAAGAAUUAAAUGAACAUAUUCUAAAUACAGUUGUUGUUGAUGAAAAUGAUAAAAAAGGUAAAAACGAAAAAGGAAAGAAUUGUGAAACACAAAAAGAUAUGGAUAGCAAUUUAAUACAAAAUGAAGUUGACAUGAAAAGUAAUGAAAGUUUAUUUAAUGAAAAGAAGAAAGGUUCCAUAAAAAGAAAGAGUAGUAUUAUUAAUAAUUUAUAUGAUAAAGAACAUGAAAAUAAUGAAAAUGGGAAUAUUUUAGAAAACGAAGUAAAAAACAACGUAACAGUUGAUGAUAUAAAAGAAAAUAAGGAAAUACCAAACGGUAUAACCGAAACUUUUGAAAGUAUCGAGAAUAUUGAAGAAGAGAAAGAUAUGACAAUGAAAGAUAUUAAAAAUGACAAUGAUGAUAAUAUUCAUGAUAACAAGGAUGAUACGAAAAAUGAUUGUGAUCAUGAAAAGGAUGAUGAUGACUAUGUUGCCCAAGAAGAAAUCCUUGAAGAUGAUAAAAAAAGAAAAAAAAAGAAAAAAGAAAAAAAGAGUGAAUAUGCAGAUGAUAAGAAUGACGAAUUGAGUAGUAUAAAAAUAAAUGAAAAUGAAUGUACUUCAAAUGAUAUUGAAGAAGAUAUUAAGAGUAUAAAGUCCUUAAGAAAAAAAUCUUAUGAAAAAAUUAAGGGAGUUACAGCACACCUUAAAACUAAUAGUAAUAAUAAAAAGAAAACAAAUGAUAAUUUUGAUGAAAUAGAAAAAGAAACUACAGUUAGUGUAAAUAUUAACGAUUCAAAUAAUAGAAAGGCAAAGAAAAAAACACCUGAAAAAGUUGAGACAAAUAAUUAUCAAGCUCAUGUUGAACCUUUGGAAAAUAAUGCAAAAAAAAAGAAUACGAAAAUGCGAAUAACUAGUUAUUAUAGUGUAACUAGAAAUGAAUCAAAAAUUAAUAAUAAUUCAGAUGUAUAUAAUGAUAAUAGUAUUACAAAAGAUGAUUCCAACGUAGAUUUAGAAGAUAAACCAUCAAAAAAUAAAAAAUCGAUUUCUUCGACUUCGACUGUUAUUCUGAAUAAAAAUGAAAAAGGAAAACGUACCAAAUUGACAAAAGAAAAGGCUACUGUUGAUAUACCUUCCAACGUUGAUACAAAAGAAAAUGAUAAAAAAAUGAAAAGCUUCGAAGCAAAUUUGAAGAAAAAGGCCAAAAAAAGAAAGGGAUCAGUAAGCUUAAUCUUAAACCCCAAAAAAUCCUUAAAAUUAUAA